AUGUUGACGCGGCGACUACUUCAAUUGCAACCGGCCCUCUUCGAUCUCAUCAACCAUCGUCUCGAAGACCUCCGUUUUGCAGGGGGAUCUGAUGAAAAGUCGCUCGCUGCUGCGGAUGAAGUAAUCAGUCUCAUAGAUAGCGGUCGAACAGGAUUGUUCUGGAGCGGAGUUCAACGGGUUGACCGCUAUCUGCACCCACUAGCCAUUGCGUCCAAUGUGACCCAGAGUGCGAAUACGCGACUUGACCAUGUUCUCGUCACCCUCGCACUUCUUGAUCACCAGUACCGCGUCGAUCCCACCUUUGUUUACACCAGUGACAACGAAGCGAUAUCGAGCAGCCUGCGUAAACGAUGGACGGCACUCAAGCGGGACCAAGACCUCUACAUUCUUGCCGUCUUCCUCAAUCCCUUCCUUCGAGGGCACUUCUUCAGCUCCAGUGUGCAUUCACUGAGCCGAGGUGGCCUCUUCGGUGUUGUUCGCCGGGUGUAUAUGCGUCUGUUCAAGAUCGAAGAACGGAAGGAUGUCCCAAGGGAACUCUUCGCAGAGUAUCUUGCUUACUACGAUGGCGAACAGAGGUUUUCGGCAGAUUCAAUGACCCUGAUUGAGUUUCGAGAUGCAUUUGGAAACGAGGACACGGUUGCAUUCAUGCACUCCGUGUGGAAUGGCCUGAAGAAAACGUUGCUGGCCCACAUGGCAUUACGAAUCUUGGCAAUGAUCGCCAACUCCGGUGCUAACGAACGGGCAUUCAGUGUCAUGGGACGUACUUACAGCGACAAAACACGGAACCUACUUGAUCCAGAACGCGCACACAAAAGCCUCAUUGUUCGUCGCGGAAUCAAUGAGGCCCACCCAUUCCACCUACAACGGAAGAAGCAGCACUCCGGGUAUGAGGUCCUCCGUCUCGCGGUCGAGACAAACGACACAAAGGUUCUCGACAAGCCCGAUAGUGAUGACGAAGAGAUGGAGAUAGAUCGGGAGAACGACAGGGAUCUCCCACGAGACAGUGUGGAGCGGCUCAUGCGCACACUGCAGUGCUUGCCAGAUGACGGCGAUGCUCUGGACGACGAGGUUCAGGAGGAUGAGAUUGCAGAGGCGGCCAGAAACCCGCGCGUGACCCUCCACUUCUCGACCCCAGAGCUCAUCCCCCUCGAGAAAAUCUUCGACCCAGCUAUGUUCAACACCGAAUCUCCUUGGGGAGGUUCACUGCGGUCGUACUGUUUGGACAGUACGCAGGAAUUCGAGACGGAGAUGGAAGCGUUAGACGAGCAAGCGCCCGGGGAUCCCUUGACCGUAGUCGUGGAGACUGAUUAG